GCGGCCGGGAGUGCAGUGAAAUUCCUGGCGGGCGGGGGGAGGAGGAGGUGGCGGCGGUGAGGAGGAGGUGGAGGAGGAGGAGGGCGGCACGGAGCCACGGCCGCGCGCCCCUGCCAGGGACCCUGCGUGCUGUGGCGGCGGCCGGCGCGGAUCCAGACCCCCGGGGGGCGCGGUGCGGGCGGGCUGAGGGCCACUCGCCGCCGCCUCGGGCGCUCGCAGCACCAGGAGCCGCGCCGUCCCCGCCGCUGCUGGGACUCCCUCCCCGGGCAGAGAGGGGGAGAAUGACGGAGCUCCAGUCCGCCUUGCUACUGCGGAGACAACUAGCAGUGGAAGGAAGAAUUGGAAUAGUACAUGGAUAUUCAACUCCGAUAGGAUUACUUGGUUGCUUUUGUGAGCUCAACAAAAAUCCAGUGGAAGGCUUUUCAGCGGGCUUAAUAGAUGACAAUGAUCUUUAUCGAUGGGAAGUCCUUAUUAUUGGUCCUCCAGAUACACUAUAUGAAGGUGGUGUUUUCAAGGCUCAUCUUACUUUUCCAAAAGACUAUCCACUGAGGCCGCCAAAAAUGAAAUUCAUCACAGAAAUCUGGCAUCCGAAUGUUGACAAGAAUGGCGAUGUCUGCAUUUCAAUUCUUCAUGAGCCUGGAGAAGACAAAUAUGGCUAUGAAAAACCUGAGGAACGCUGGCUUCCCAUUCACACAGUGGAAACUAUAAUGAUUAGUGUUAUUUCUAUGCUGGCAGAUCCCAAUGGUGAUUCUCCUGCUAAUGUUGAUGCAGCGAAAGAAUGGAGAGAAGACAGAAAUGGAGAAUUUAAAAGAAAAGUUGCCCGCUGUGUAAGAAAAAGCCAAGAAACUGCUUUUGAGUGACACUUAUUCAGCAGCUAGUAGCUUCACUUUUUUCAGGGUCUCCAAUUGAGAAACAUGGCACUGUUUUUCUUUUCCUGCACUCUACCCAACUAUUGCUGGACUUCUGUUGUUACAAGUUGGCAAACACUGGCUGGAACUGGGCUGCAAUAAAACAUGCCAGUUAUCAAUGCUGACAAGAGCCUAACAAGUGCCAACACAAGAUGAUUACGCAUUUUGAAAUCUAAUGAACUGCUUUAACCUUCAGGAAGAAUUGUAAAGAUGUGUACAUAGCACAACAUGAUCCGGAUAAUAUAUAUACUGUUCAUGUACAUCCACAAAUACACAUUGUACCAAAUAAUGCUGUCUGUAGUUAGGAAUAGAAUCGUGUAAAUUCUAAAGAUUUUAGCAGGUUUUUCUCUCCCUGUUCAUUGUUUCCUAUCGGUUAAAACAAACAAAAAAACCCCCAAAACCAAACCAACAACUUGUGAAGCAUGUCAGACUAAAACCAAUUAGGAUAAAGUUGUUUUUCCCCCCCACCUCCACUUUAAUUUUCCUUUGACCCACUGAGGCUUAAUUAAAACUUCUUGCUUAUUAAAUUUUAGUAUUUUUUGGUUUUGUGGAAAUGUGCUCCCUUUUAUUUCCCCCAUCAGAACUUAAAAUUUUCCUAAUUAAACCCUGAAAGGAUUUGCUAUCAAUUCCUUGUGUCUUCUUUUAUGAUGACCUUUGUAGUCUCAAAGGUGCUUCCCCCUCCCCCUUUCUUCCCACCCCUUUUUUUAACCCAAUUGCACAUAUUCUUGAAUUGGGUAUAGCAAUAAAACUGGCCAUGGAGCACCCUUGAGCAGCCUGCUGGAUUUUUAACUUCCAAGGGACUUGAGCGCUUUAAUUUGGAAGUUCAGUUGACUAAGUUAGUCCAAGAUAGGAAUGAGCUGCUUUUAUGGGUGAUUUUAUUUUAUUUUUUUUGCCUUUUUCAUUGCCUGUUUGUGGGGUGGGGCGUGUGUGGGGGAGGCUUGGUUUUUUUUCUCAAGGUUGAGUUCAAGCAUGCACAUUGUAGGCUUUCAAAUAACUAACUUCUGGGUUUGUUAUCAAAAAUAGUUUCCCUCCUUUUCCCUCUUCUCUCUUCUGUGGCCCUUCAUAUUCUUUGCCUUCUACUUCAGAAUUUUCCUCACCUAAUGUACAAAGAAAAUUGCGAUGUAUAUUUUCAUGUAAUUUGAUUUUUUGGAAUUCUGUCACCUUCUGUAGUGAGUUCUUCCAAAAUAUAAUUUUUUCCAAUAAUAAUGUGUCAAACUGGCUGUCUUCAGUAUCUAAAUAGGAAGGGUAACUGCAGCUGGAGCACAACUUGCCUGAGCAUCUUCAACAACAUACAUCAGCAACCAUUUGUUGAAUUUGACAGACUGUAUUUAAUCUUGAAAUAAUUAAAAAGCAAACAAAACA